UCCGAGGUAAUACCCAACCUGCAUUUACAAAGAGCAAGAGCUACUCAAGCGGAGCUUCCACUUCCAACAUGCUUCGCCAGUGGAUCACGUGCAGGGAAGUAGAUGCAAACGACGCUGUUUUGAUCAACAAUCUAUCUCCAAGAGCUUCACCGAAUCCCCACCCAUCGGAAAAAUCCAUAAACGCCGCCGUGUUUUGCAGAGACGACGAGUUUGGUGGCUCCGCCCGAGUUCCUCGAAAUUCUUGGGAUGGGAACCUCCAAAUCCGACGCCAUUACAGCCACCCAAGUUUUCGGAAAAGCUUGGACGAUUCAAGGAAGAAGAGGCAGAAGGAGAGCAGUGGCAGAAAGGUGGCAGCCACCCCAACUUACAAGCCAAUAGCAGGACCGAGCUGCUCGUUAUGUGGGAAGACUUUCAGGCCGGAGAAGAUGCAUUCACACAUGAAAUCGUGUAGAGGACUCAGGUCUCUGACCAAGACUGCUUCAACGUCCAACAAAACGACAUCGUCUAAGUCAACCACGACACCAACUUCCGACAAGGAUUCGGCUUCCACCUACUUGUUGACCCACUGAGAAUCUCAUGGUGUUAGCUACAAACAAUAUUGUACUAUUUGAAGGGAUGUUUGUGUGGAAGAA